AUGAUGCCCACUGCCCUCCCGCCCAUGAUGGCCACGCCGCUGCUCGACGAAACCGCGGCCGUCUCGACCGCCCUUCAAGUCCCCAGUCCUCCGCAGGCCGCCAACUCACCCCCCACGGUCUCUGCUUUGACAACCGCAACCACCACACCAACUCUUCCAGUGACGCCUCCGGCUUCUUCCUCGCCCUCUUCCGCUACCACUUCCGCACUCAGCAUCGCCUCGAUUGUCUCGGGACAUUCGGCGCCCACGUGGUCGCCGCAGGGCCAUGCCGCGCCCGCCGUGAUGCCGCCACCCGACACGCCGUCCGGAACGAUAGUCAUCGUGUUCGGUACGGGCAUGGAAAGCAUCGUGCACAUGAUCGCCGAGAUCGUCGGAAAGCCAUGGACAACGGAAACACCAUUGACGACCCUGUCAAGAGCCUCUGACGUGGUGGUGGCCGGUGUACUCCCGCAGGAUCUCCCACAUGGCCUGGAUGGAUGCGACAGGUCCUCCUUUGUGCUCAUCAACACCCACUGCGUGGAGGAUGGAUCCGCUCCCGAAGACGCGCUGACUGAAUUGUGCGAUUACGAGUUCCUAUACUCGCGGACCCCCUUUUUGCGUCGCGACCUCACGCGCUUCCUCUCGUUGAUCCUGGGCCAGACGAAACCGCAUGAGGAUCUUCGAACCAAGACUCGGACCAAUUUCAUUUCGACCACCUUUCCAGACGUGCAUGCUGCGCUGCCCAAUCUGGAUAUUCUCUCCGUGGGAUCAGAUGCCGUCGAGAUUCGUGUGGACUUGCUGGUCGAGCCCACGAUGGAUGCCGCUGCGAGCUCGGUGCCGAGCUUAAAGUACGUGGGUCAGCAAUUGAUGUUGCUGCGCCAGCACACAGAACUUCCCAUCAUCUUUACGGUGCGCUGUACGAAAGAAAAUGGUAAAUUCCCAAUGGACGAUCCAAUGUUGUCCUACAAAUAUCUGCGACGCGCCAUCCAGUGGGGAGUAGAGUAUAUCGACGUCGAGCUCUGGCUCCCGGAGGAGAUUCGUCGCCGGCUGGCCGAGGUCAAGGGCCACAGUAUCAUCAUGUCUGCCUUCCAUGAUUUCUCCGGUACGUGGAAGUGGACGGCUCCUGAGGCUCGUCGCGUGUUUGAAGAAAGUGCCAAAUACGGGGACAUUGUCAAGAUGAUUGCCAUGGUCUCGACCAUCGAGGAGAACUACGAACUGGAGUAUUUCCGCUCCACCAUCAAGGCUCGUGGACCGGGUCCGUUGCUCUCCGCGGUCAACAUGGGUCAAAUGGGCCAGCUCUCGCGUGCGCUAAACACCGUCUUUUCCCCCAUCACCCACCCUUUACUGCCCAUGAUUGCUGCUCCGGGUCAGUUGACUGCGGCCGAGAUCAACGAGGCCCUCCACAUCAUGGGUCAGUUACCCAAGCGAGACCUCUACUUCAUCGGCUCGUUCCGUGCCACUCCCCAGACGAUGUUCAUGGAGAAAUGCCUCAAUGAACUGGGUCUUCCGCACACUUUUACUUCCAUCGAUCGCGGGCCCAAGGGCUCAUCCAUGGAGGCGAUUUUGAACCAGCCCCAAUUUGGUGGUGCUUGCCUCCACCCUCCCAUUGCUAGCACCACCACCUCACUGCCGGCAAUCAGCGAUGCCGCCCGGGCCAUUGGCCUGGUCGAUACGAUUGCCCUCGCCGUGCCCAAUGCAUGCGGCAGUGCACGGUUCGUCGGGGAUAACGCCGCGUGGAAGGGUAUCCGGGCAACGCUCACGCGCGAGUACGUCCCCUCAGCAUAUCGCGGUCGUGCAGCGAUCAUUCUGGCUGGAUCCGAGACCGAUGCAUCAGCCGCCAUCUUUGCUCUGCGCAGUCUUGGCGUUGGCUCCAUUUACACUGUGGGCUUCAAGGCCAGUGGUCCCUUGGCGGGUGGCUUGGAACCAUUUACCUCGGUGCAGUCGGUCAAACUGGUUGAGCAGCCGUUUGUCAUUGUCUCGGCCUUGCCUCCAGAGAAAUCCUUGCUGGUGCAGCCGUUGCUGCGUCACUAUCGCACGAACGGACGCUCGUCGCCGACAUCGACGCGAGGCAAGGUUUACUUGGAUCUGACCAACGGACCUAGGAAAGGAGAUCCCUUGGCGGUGGCGACCAGUGCGGGAUGGACGGCGUAUGGCAGCGAGGAUGUGAGUGCAUGGACGACGGUAGAGACAUUGCGGUUACUCGUGGGCCAAAACGUGCCGUUUGACUUUGUACGAAUGGCGUCUGGACGGCCAUUAUUUUGA